AGCAUCACAUUGCUUUUGACCCAAGUUUGUUCACAAGCUAACUCAUAAACUUGUCAAAAUGGUGCAUCUGAGUGGUGAAGAGAAGGGCCACAUCAACGCCAUAUGGAGUAAGGUGUCCAUUGAUCAGACUGGAGCUGAGGCCCUUGGGAGGUUGCUCACCGUCUACCCCUGGACCUCCAGGUUUUUUGACCAUUUUGGUGACCUGUCCUCUGCCAAGAGUAUCAUGGGAAAUGCUAAGGUCCAGGCCCAUGGCGCUAAGGUGUUGACCUCCUUUGGUGAUGCUGUCAAGAACAUGGACAACCUGAAGGGUACUUUUGCCAAGCUGAGUGAGCUCCACUGUGACAAAUUGCAUGUGGACCCUGAGAACUUCAGGCUCCUGGGGAACGUUCUUGUCAUCUGCCUGACUGAGCACUUUGUCAAGGAUUUCAUCCCUGAAGUUAAGGUUGCCCGGCAGAAACUCAAAGUUGGUGUGGCCAAUGCCUGGCCCAAUAGUACUACUAAUCCCCUACACAUCUGGGAGCUUUCAGCUUGCUGAGUCCACUGUGUUCCAUGCUGUCCAUCUUCUGCACAUGGAAAGAAUGGGGUCUGGCUUUAUGGGCAUAGCAACUGAAAAUAAAUUGCAUUCAGUCCACU